AUGUCGUCAACAACUCUAAACUUAUCCCUGAAGCAGCUCCCGCGGUCCGUCUUUACGGCGGAAAGCCUUCCGGGGCUGAUACGGGACGGAUUGGACUUUGUCCGCACGAUCCCAAACUCCCGCGAGCACACAGCGGAAACAACGGUCGACGUCAAGUGGGCCCUGGCAAAGUCUGACGCGGAUAUCAAGGUUUACAGCGCGACACACAAUAAGGAGCGCUGGACGAGUAGGGUGACGGUCGCGCCAGGGGUGCCCUAUGAGGUUGUGAGGAAGAGCUUAGCUGAGGAGAAGAACAAGGCAGAGUUGGAGUAUUUGUGUAAGCCUGAGGAUAUAAUGGAGGUGACUGCGACAGAAUACUUUGAGGGCCUGAAGAUACGGUUGGAAGAUGUACACAAGUUGCUGCACGUCCAAGCGUUCUCUGCAAGGGAGUUCUUGGAAACCGUUAUUUCUCACGACCUACCAGACUCCGAGAACGGACUGCGCUCGUUCAUUGUUGUCUCCAUGCCGUUAGAGGGCAGUGUGAGGUCUGAAUCCGCAGUUCUUGGCCAAUAUGUGUCGGUGGAUUAUGUCCACGAACUUGAAGAAGGCGGAGUAGAAAUACUCUUGGCUCUAUGCAGCGAUGCAAAAGGUUCUAUCCCGAGGUGGAUGCAGAAUAUGGCGAUGACUACUCAAGUGUUUGGUGAUGGAAGGUUGUUUUUGGAUUAUCUUUUGAAGAAGUCCCAGGAAGGGAAGUAG